AACCAAUGGCAGGAGCCGUUUCAUGCGCUCCGCAAGCAGGGAGAUCAAAAGUGUGGCUUGGCUGAUUGCUGCGCGGUGUCAAUUGGCCAAUCUCUCCUCCCGGGGAGAAAUCCGGGAGAAGGAGAAGAAGGAGAAGAGGAAGAAGGAGGGAGCGUGGUGUGGGGGGGGGGGCCGAGAAAAGAGACUGCAAUCGUGGCUUCAGUUUGGGACCAGCCUUGGGUGGUGGGAGAAGCGUCUCUGGAUACCUCGCCGAGGAGGGGCCCCAGGAUGAGGGCCCGGCGGUGGUGGCCUUAAGAAAGCAAAGGAAAAACCCAAGCACCACCGCCAGGGCUUGCUUUUUUUUGGGGGGGGGAGGCGGGCAGGCAAAUCGAGAGCGCGGGCUGGGUCUGGAGCGAUGCAGCUGGAGCAUUGUCUGUCGCCUCCGUCGAUGAUGCUCUCCAAGAAAUUUCUCCAUGUGAGCGGCGGUGGCGGCGCUUACGCGUCGGGCGGAUCCGAGCUUGCCUUGCACGAGCAUCCUCACCAUCACCAUCCGCACCACCACCAUCCCGCCGCCGCCGCCGCCAUCCUGUCGUCGAGCGCUGACAACCUGGAGAGGAGUUCACCUCUGAAAAAACUCGCCAGGGGGGGGAUGACGAAUCAGGCCGAGGCAGACAAUUUCUCUGACUCCAAAGACCCGCCAGGGGACGCGCAACAGCAGCCACCGCCACAGCAGCCUCAGCCUCCGCAGCAGCAGCAACAGCGCGCCAAACUCUCGCCCGUCGUCUUGGACGGCGGCGGCGGCGGUGGCGCCGCGGAGCAGUUGCGCCCCUCCUUCGAUGGAGCGGCCGCGGCUGCGGCAGCGGCAGCAGCAGCAGCAGCAGCGGCGGCGGCGGCCGCGGCCGAUCGCUACCUGCUCUCGUCGCCCGCGGCCGCAGCCGCGUCCAGCGCGCCUCCGGCCGCCGCGUCGGCUCCCCCGACGGCCGCCAGCAUGUUCCCCUACCCGGGCCAGCACAACCCGCACGCGGCCGCCUUCUCCAUCGCCAGCCCCAGCCGAUACAUGGCGCACCACCCGGUCAUCGCCAACGGAGCCUACAACAGCCUGCUGUCCAACUCGGCCCCGCAGGGCUACCCGGCCGCCGGCUACCCUUACCCUCAGCAGUACGGCCCCUCGUACCAGGGCUCUCCCUUCUAUCAGUUCCCCUCGGCGCAAGCCGGGCUCGUCCCGGGAAAGGCGCAGGUCUACCUAUGCAACAGGCCGCUCUGGCUGAAGUUCCACCGGCACCAGACCGAGAUGAUCAUAACCAAGCAAGGCAGGCGAAUGUUCCCUUUCUUAAGUUUUAACAUAUCUGGUCUGGAUCCCACGGCUCACUACAAUAUUUUUGUGGAUGUCAUCCUGGCCGAUCCAAACCACUGGAGAUUUCAAGGCGGCAAAUGGGUGCCUUGCGGCAAAGCGGACACCAAUGUACAAGGAAAUCGAGUUUAUAUGCACCCAGACUCCCCCAACACAGGAGCCCACUGGAUGCGCCAGGAAAUCUCCUUCGGGAAGCUGAAACUGACUAACAACAAAGGCGCCUCCAACAACAACGGGCAGAUGGUGGUCUUGCAAUCCCUCCACAAGUACCAGCCCCGCUUGCACGUGGUGGAGGUGAACGAGGACGGCACGGAGGACACCAGCCAGCCCGGCAGGGUGCAAACCUUCACCUUCCCGGAGACGCAGUUUAUCGCCGUCACCGCCUACCAGAACACCGAUAUCACACAGCUGAAAAUAGAUCACAACCCUUUUGCAAAAGGCUUCCGAGAUAACUAUGACACGAUCUACACGGGCUGCGACAUGGACCGCCUGACCCCGUCGCCCAACGACUCCCCUCGCUCGCAGAUCGUGCCGGGCGCCCGCUACGCCAUGGCGGCCGCGGCGGCAGGCUCUUUCCUGCAGGACCAGUUCGUCAGCAACUACGCCAAGUCCCGCGGCUUCCACCACCACCACCAUCACCACCCGGGGGCCGGCGCGGGAGCCGGCGUGGGCCCCGGAGGGCCGGUUCCGGAGCGGGGGGUGCCUCACCCCAACGGGCUGCUGUCCCCUCAGCAAGCCGAGGAGCCCGGCGCUCCCUCCCCUCAGCGCUGGUUCGUCACGCCCGCCAACAACAGGCUGGACUUCGCCGCCGCAGCGGCAGCCUCGGCCUACGACCCGGCGGGCGAUUUGGCGGGAAACGCCGCCACCCUGUUGUCCUACGCGGCGGCCGGAGUCAAGGCGCUCCCGCUGCAGGCCGCCGGCUGCACUGCGCGGCCCCUCAGCUACUACCCGGACCCGUCGGGCUGGGGAGCGCGCAGCCCGCCUCAGUAUUGCGCCAAGGCCUUGUCGUGCUGGCCCAACGGCGGCGGAGGCGGAGGGAGCAGCUCCCGCGCGGGGGGCAACCCCUAUUUGCCCACAGGGGCCGGCGGCGGCGGCGAGGAGCCUGACAGCCUGGCUCCCCCCGAGCGCUCCCCCUUGGUGGCGCCUCCGCCGCCUCCCCCUCGGCCGGGCAGCCCCCCGAGGACUCGAAGCCCCCGAAGGACUUGUCCGACUCGAGCUGGAUCGAGACGCCGUCGUCCAUCAAGUCCAUCGACUCGACCGACUCUGGGAUUUACGAGCAGGCCAAACGCCGGCGGCUCUCCCCGGCGGGCACGCCGGCCUCCGAGAGCUCCUCGCCGCUCAAGAGCGAGCCCGCCCUGGCGCCCAGGGACUGCGACAAGACCUGCGCCAAGGACAUCGGCUACUACGGCUUCUACUCGCACAGCUAGAGAGGCGGCCCUUUACCCACCACACAUACAUACCCCUCCCCCUCCCCUCAACGGUUCUCCCUUCCCGCCAAUUCCUUCCCGCCAAGCUUCGGCGCCUGCGCGAGAGGCUGGGCGCUUAGUUAGGCGCGUCACUCGAGCGCCUCUCUUUCUCCGGGAACCUGCGCACGCGCAGUCAAGCACCCUCUCUUUCGCUCUCCUUCCGCUUUUUCUUCACUCACGCACGCGCGUUAGGGCGCGAGCGGCACAUCGGCGCACGGAACCCACUUUAGCUUCGCAGUGGGGGGGGGGGGGGAAUCGGCACCCGCGACGAGAAAUUGUUGUUUCUCUCUCUCCAUCUCUCUUUCCCAUCUGAAGUGGUGAUUUUAAUCGCUUCGCCCCUGGAAAAGCAAAAGGAACAUAGGGAACGCUCCCCAGCUCCCCCCCCAUGUUGUUUGUACCCAGGUCCCCAAACUCCUGCAGGGAGAAGUCAGACGUUUCCUUGAUCCGUAUUAAGUCACUCCACUUAAGGGGUAACCCAUUCGGAUCAAGGCAACGAAAAUCGUGACCCCGUUUAGCCGUCUCAACUGGUCCUUGCAGUAAAGAUGGUUAAAGGCUGAGAGUUCGGAUCCUAACCUUCAUCCUAAAACUGCAGUCCUAUGCAUACAGCUUUGUUUGGGAGGAAACCCGUUCCUCGCCGCUCAAGCCUAGGACUAUUUUCUUUGGAAGUCAGUACGCUGUGCUCAUUUGGCUUACUCCCAAGUGACUGCGAACUGGUCUGCAUCCUGAGUUAGGAUCGCACUGGCAGUGGUUUGGAUACCAACCCGCCCAGGUAACAGUUAUUCUGCGGAGCACAAUGGAAACUUCUGUUAGGGUUCGCACAGCGCCCUUCAGUUGCUUAUCCAAAUUUAAUGCUGUUAAGGCUGCAAUCCUAAGCGUCCUUACUAAGGGUCCUGGUACUUUACCUGGCAAAAGCGGCUGAAAAGACAGACUUGCCGAUGGUUUUGAGUCUGCAGACUAAGCCCACCAGUUUAGCCUAUUUCGUAACGUUAUUUCGCGCUCGCUCACUGUGAAAGAAAAAAAGGGACUCAAAACUUUCUAGAAGGAUGUUAGUGGAUUUAGUGGGAAACUUCUUGUCCUUAGUUGAGACAUAAAUAUGCGCAUACUUGCCUGUAUUUAAUAUCCUGACAAAUUUAUUUUUUAAUAUUAAAAAGUCAUCUUCCUCUUUUCUAAUGUGAGCUGGAAACGGAUUCCCAAAACAGUGUUAAGGGAAUUAAACUACAACAAUGAAAUGAACAUAACUAGGCAUUAAUUAAAGUUAAUAUGAAUGGAUCCAGAAAUUCAGUUAACACUUCUGUGGAAGUAAGUUUCGCAGAAAAGGAAAGGACUCGUCGCCUAUUACACUUGCAUAAGAAUGGUGUGUGAAUUCCACUUACCUCCGUCUUUCUGGAUUGUGGAUUGGUGGUUUAAUUGGCACCUUAGUCUCAAAGGGGUUAAGAAAUUAAGUCCUUUGCGCAUGAUCCAUACUAAAGUUAAACACUUUUAAUGCCCUGUAUGAGAUCGUUAAGCGAAUAUUUCGCACAUUCGCAGUGAAAGGAAGGGGGGAGUGUAGUGUGUAAUUUUGCAUGCACUACCAUUUUAGGGGAAUUUGAAUUCAAGUAUACGUGGCUAAUUGCUACAAUUUCGCAGCUGAGAAGUUAUGUGACGAUCGACCGUAUGCUUAUUUAGAAGCAGAGCCUACUGUGAAUUUGCAGUGGGACCCUAUCGAAUUUAUAGGACUGCAAUAUUGGUGGGAGAUGCAUAAUAACUUCUUUGGGAGCGAUCUAGUCACGUUUACAGCGCAAUCCUAGUUAUACUUACUCGGGUGUAAAUUUCACUCCCUCCCUUAUGGAGGCGCAUAGGCUGCAAAGAAUAAUUCGCUUAAAUCCCUCUAAUUGAAAUCAAUGGGGCUCUUUAGUUCGCGAUCCUAUGUGCACUUACUUGGAAGUAAGAGCCAUUGAAUUUAGCGAUAUUUCCUUUCGUGUAACUACGCAUAGGAUGUGGAUGGAUAGAUCUAAAGUGUGCCUACAACCUAUCUAUUCUCUGUUGCAGAAGUUGCACUCGGAUCAUGAACAGGUUGACUAGUAAAUCCCACCGAUUUCCAAAGAGUUUUUUCCGAUUCUGUAUCACUAGGAUCGCAGUUUGCAAAGCGUUAUGUACACAGGUGGCCAAAUCACAACAAUACCAACCGCCACCAAAUGUCUAAUACUAAUUAUAAAAAGUAUCAGUGGGGCUUCCUUUCACAUAGUGAGUGCAGUCUCGAAACAAUUGUUAGGUGCUUUCAAGCCUCGUUUAAUAAAUCAAUGGGUCUAACAAGAGCCAGAGCCUAUACUCUAUUCCUUAGAAAGCAACAGUGCAGUCUUAUACGGUGCCCAUCCAGAAAUAAGUCCCAAGGAGGUCAAUGAAACCUACUUCCGGGCAAGUGUGUAUGUAUAGGAUUAUAGCCGGCAAAUUCCUCUUCAGUCCAAAGCAUUCUAACUCCGUAAUAAGCAUGUUUAGGAUUGCAGCAUUUAUAAACAGCCCCGGAUUUCAAUCUUGAGCGCGCUUCUCCCCGAAUUUCCUUCGCUGGGCAUGUUUAGGACUAGGGUACUGGAAAUAAAGAUUAAGAACACGAUUCAGCUCAAGGCUAUUGUUUUGCGCACCCUUACACGGGAGCAAAUGUUUAUUUGAAAUCGGUGGGAUUUCUGCCUUGUAGCGAUGGAUAGGAGUGUGCUGUAAAUUAAACCAACUGUUUAACAUCCAGUUGAUUCUAACGCGCUGGGAGGGGCGAGUUAAGCAUGUGAUUACUGGCUAAGCAUGUGCUUAACUCUGUCAGUGAAAUCUUUGGGAUCUACGGCGUAAUCCAACGCCUGGACAUAAACCCUAUUAAGAUUUUAGUUUGUUUAGGCAGCGCUUUAUAAGUGUGAGCACUCCUUCAAGAAAAGUUAGCUCAGAUUAAGACCGAUCUAAAUGCCCACUUUUCAAGCAGACAAUCAGUGAAUGAAUGGGGGAUUCGUUGCAAACUUAUCCCACUGAUCCUCUUGAUUUUAAUCCAUAUUUACAUGCACAACUAUUCUUUUCUCCGUCUGCCUCCUCUGCCUGCUCUUCCUCCCGAGUCCAUUGCUGGUUCGCCUAGAGAGGCCAUUCAGUUUCUCUCUCUCCCUCUCUCUCUCCAUUCUCGUCCUCCCCUCAACCCGCUUCAGUUGAUUUCUAUUGCUGUAAAUCUUUGUAAUGAACAAACUACAACCGAUAAUAGACGACUGAUUUGUUGGUACCCAUAGUGUAGUCCAGUGAAGAUGACUUCGUGAGCUGUACAUUUUAAAAUUGCAUUUAGUUUGGAUUUUUUUAAAUUUUAAUUUAAUUUAUAUUUUUAAUGGAAAAGUAAGUACCUGAAAACAGCCUUCCUAGGGAAUAAUAGACUAGGUGGUGCCAGUUAUGAGUGGUUUUCUUUUAUUUUAAAAGAAAAAAUCCUGUUAAUUCGAGCAUUUAAUACCUGACCGAGUCCCACCCACCCACCUAAGACCCUUGUUGAUGUAGAGUAGCCAGUCUUCGAAUUUUGUGUAGGAAAUCUAUACCUUUUUUUUUUAAUAUGGGGGUGGGAAGGGAAAGAACCUUGAAAUAUGCAUCAGGCAAAAUUAUGUACUUUAGAUUUCAAUCGACAGAGGGGCGGGAAAAGUUCCCAAAUAGAAAUUCAGGGUUUUAACCGUGUGUAUAUUUUUUUGCUCUUCUGUAAAUGAUUGUUGUGAUUUUUUUUAAAAAAAACCAAGCAAACAAAAAAAGGAAAGAAAACAAAAACCAUAUUUGUUCCUGUUAUGUCUGUGCACUUGAAUACUUAUUUCUACAAGUUGCGAACUCCACUGGAAAAAAAAUGUUUUGGUUUUUCGCCCGUUUGUAUUGUCUGUGUAUACAACAAGUAUAAUAAAACCUGGCAAAACGUUAAGACGGUCUUUGAACACAACACGCUGCCCUUUUAGGAAAUGUUGGCAAGUCGAGCAGGGAAAGGUGUAGUAGAGGCGUCCGAUCUCUGCUCCCCUCAAGUUGUUUCCUAUCCCACCUCCGGCCUCUUUUUCGACAUCGAAGAUUAACUUGUUUUUGUCCUUCUCACUUCUACAGUCUCAGUUUUACGUGCUGCUACUUGGGCAAAUAGCUUGGUUUCCUGCCCCGCCGCGCAAGUAAUUUCCCCUGCAGUUAGGAAAAGAGUGGUGGGGUUUCAUAUGAAUCAGGAAGUCAGUGACUUUUAGGGGAAAGUAUGAUUUUGAUGUUGCUGCCGGAUGUUUUGUUUUCUUGUCUUUAAAUAGAAUGCCAGGAGCCAUUGAACUCAGUUGCCAUUGGCUCCAUCCAGCAGGAUGCAGAUUUUGUUGGUGGGGUAACGCUGCUUGGAUAAGAGAGCGUGGUGCAAAGGUUGUUAGUGAGCAAUCUGUCUCGGUUUUCCCUUCUAUAUCCCACUGGUUGGAAGCAGUUUCGUUCGUUUAGAGUCGUCUUCUUCCACCCUUUUCCUAUGUUAGAGACACGGCCGACUCCUCUGGCUCAAAAGUCUCUCCUCCCAAGGCUCUAAGAAGGCAAAAGGUGUGUCUAUUUAUUUCUAUGCAGAUUUCUGAACCACACUCGGAGAGCAUCUGAAAAGGCCCGGAUCCGUCUCCUUCCUUCCAUUGCGCAUCCCCUUCCGAGAGUUAUAAAUAUCCUCAACAACUUGAGGCUAUCAUGCUGCUUCACCGAUUAGCAAACCUACCUGGUUUCCUAGAUUUCAGGCCACCUGAAUACUCCCAGGAACUAUUUGUCUUAUAUAAACCAGAAAACUCUAACAUUUGAGGAAAUAUAUAUAAUCAAAGAUGUAAACAGAACCUCGAGCGAGUCAGACUCCGGCUGCUGGGAAGUUUCCAGCGAUGCUACGACUGGCCACUAGGCGGCUCUGCAUGGUUAAUAUAGCUAGUUUGUCACGAAGCGCAGGAUGUUAUUACUGUUAAUGAAAGGCCAUAUUUAAAUAGAGGAACAGUGGAACACUCUCCCCACACCCUGCUUAAAAAUAUGUUACAUUAUUUACCAGAGACCAGGUAUUCUAAACCGUCACAGAUAUUUCAGGAAAGUAUUUUCUGCAGUCUAGAAGCGACAGAAAACAGGGAGCGCCACAGCUGUUUAGAAUUAUACCGUUGCAGUUGUUACAUUAUUAACAAUAAUUAUAUUCAGCAAUUCGCUUAACUGCUAUUAUUGAUCCUUAUUCUGUGGUCGUCUAGCCAUCUCUCAAGGGCUAAGGACAGUUUGUGAUAGGAUCUCUCUCACACAGCAUUCUUAAAUUGCACAUCGCUUGAACUUAAUAGUAAAUCCUAUUGCAGCAGGUGACUCAUGGUGCGCAAAAGCACUACGAGGCUUUAUCUUGUAUGCCCUUACGAUGAAGUAAGUGACCUUUGUUCCAGUUUGUCAAUAAGCACAGAGGAAGUGGCUUUUAUAAAAUGCGCCUCGUACUUCCAGGUCUGAAGCGCUUGUCGGAAUCCAGUCUCACUCUUGUUCAAACACUCCGGCUCUCCAAAUUGCAGGCCACACGCUGGAAGAGGUGGUGCUGGUGGUGGUGAGGUGGCUGCCUGCUUUGUUAGUGACGCUGGCAUUGCGGGGAGCAUUAAGGAGGAAAAGAAGGAGCCUUUGGGGUUCUGAUUUGUUGUUGUUAAAAAAAAUCCAAACUAACAAGAUGCACUUAUUUAGUGCAACAGAUGUUCUGACUCAAAUCAGACGUGUUUGUGGUAGUAUAUGGUAGCCUGUUGCAGCAAAUGUGCCUAACGUGUUGCCAUUUGCUGCUUGGACAGUAAUACCCAAAUGAAAUUCAUACCUUGAGGGAGGCACAAAAGAGAGAAUAGUUCUA